AUGGCAGAUCACAACGUACGGUUCAAUAAACGCUUCCUCAGGUUUGGACGUAAUUUCGGUGAGCCGUUCCUACGCUUUGGUCGAGGUGGCACAUCCGGUCUGGAAGAUACCAUCGACAAACGUUUCGACUCCUACGAGGACAAAGCCUACCUAAGGUUCGGCCGCUCAGACCCCGGAGAAGACAUGCUCAAAUCCAUACUACUCCGAGGUGCCCCCAGCAACAAUGGUUUGCAAUACCGACGUAAGCGUGAUACAGUGGACGAAACAACGGCCAACGACAACGCUCACAGUCGUCAACGUCGGUCGGUGCAGGAACCGUCUGUGGCAUCUGCUGACGCAAUGAAAAGAUCUGAAGAUGCCACUGACGAUUUCCAAGUUCCUCGACUCCGACCGCUUGCUGAUUAUGAAGCUCUGAGUGAGAGGGUCGGCGAUUUAGAAAAACGCUUCAUGAGGUUUGGACGGAAUGGAUGGCUUCACUUCG